CUCACUCCCAGCCAGUGCGCACAUUUGGUUCGUCAGAGGUGCAGGGAGCUCAGUGUUUGGACCCAAACAACUCAGAUCUUCCCCCUGCGGAGCUUCUCUCUCCAGAUUUCCUCUCCUGGAUACUCUUUUCUGUUAGCGAGAGAGGACAGGGCUGCUGGUAUUUUGCGUUUUAGCUUCAUGGGACGUGAUGUAGCCCCCGCACCGAAGGACGGCUUGUGCCAUAAAGGGAUGUAAGGGACAGGCGCGUGGAUAACACACGAGGAAGCUGCUGUCUCUCCGCGACAUCACCGAUAAUCGGAUUGUGGACCGAGGCUGUUUACCACGGGAUAUUGAACGCAUCUGCUGGGGGGAACUGUUUGGAUUCGUUGUUCUCUCCGAAACCCGUUUCAUCAAGCCCUCCCUCACACCGCGCGCAAGGACGCUACCCACCGCCUGAGAGACAGUUUGGAGAGAAAUGAUCACUAACACUUUGAAUGGAAGGACGUGAGCCAGCCCUGCUGUUUAGCAGUCCUCUCUAACCCCGCGGAUCGAGCAUGCUUUGACUAUCUGGAAUGUGAUAUUGUGCGGAGAACACUCAAGAAGCAACAAGAUUUUGGACGGCAUCUGGAGUAACGGGACUCUUGGUUUUCUGUGGGAAGCGUGGCGCAGUGGAGGGAGCCCUGCCGCAAAGGAAGCACCGAUUUGUCCGUCUGCGAGCUAAACACUGAACUCUACUGGGACCUGGAGCAGCGGGCGGUAAGAGGAGGAGGCCAUGUGGACCGCACGCCUGCUCGUCCUCGCCAGCCUCUUUGCACCAGCCGCUCUCGCCUUCAGUCGAGCGCCCAUCCCCAUGGCGGUGGUCAGGAGGGAGCUGUCGUGCGAGGGUUACCCCAUCGAGCUGCGCUGCCCUGGCACUGAUGUCAUCAUGAUCGAGAGCGCCAACUACGGGCGCACCGACGACAAGAUCUGCGACGCAGACCCGGCGCAGAUGGAGAACACGCGCUGCUACCUGCCCGACGCGUACAAGAUCAUGUCACAAAGAUGUAACAACCGGACGCAGUGUGCUGUUGUGGCCGGACCAGACGUGUUUCCUGACCCCUGCCCGGGAACAUACAAAUAUCUGGAAGUCCAGUACGAAUGUGUGCCCUACAAAGUGGAACAAAAAGUCUUUCUGUGCCCAGGGCUUCUGCGCAGGGUGUACCAGAGCGAGCACCUCUUCGAGUCGGACCACCAGUCUGGAGCAUGGUGCAAAGACCCGCUGCAGGCCUCCGAUAAGAUCUACUACAUGCCCUGGACCCCGUACCGCACCGACACGCUGACCGAGUACUCCUCCAAAGAGGACUUCAUCGCCGGGAGGCCGACCACCACCUACAAGCUGCCGCACCGCGUGGACGGGACCGGCUUUGUCGUGUACGACGGGGCGCUUUUCUUCAACAAGGAGCGCACACGCAACAUCGUCAAGUUUGACCUGCGGACUCGAAUCAAGAGCGGCGAGGCCAUCAUCGCCAACGCCAACUACCACGACACCUCUCCCUACCGCUGGGGGGGGAAGUCGGACAUUGACCUGGCUGUGGAUGAGAACGGCCUCUGGGUGAUUUACGCCACCGAGCAGAACAACGGGCGCAUCGUCAUCAGCCAGCUGAACCCCUACACGUUACGCGUGGAGGGCACCUGGGACACGGCCUACGACAAGCGCUCAGCCUCCAACGCCUUCAUGAUCUGUGGGAUCCUCUACGUGGUGAAGUCCGUGUACGAGGAUGACGACAACGAGGCCACAGGAAACAAGAUCGACUACAUCUACAACACGGAGCUGAGCAAAGACGGCUUCCUGGACAUCCCCUUCCCCAACUCCUACCAGUACAUCGCAGCCGUGGAUUACAAUCCCAGAGACAACCUGCUGUACGUCUGGAACAACUACCAUGUGGUCAAAUACUCUCUGGACUUUGGAGCGCUGGACAACAGGCUUGAAUCCUCCUCUUCUGUGGUGGUUUACAUGGACACCACCACCAUGAUGACGAGCUCCACCCCUCGAAUGACCACCUCUACCAGGACCACAUCCAGGACCACCACCGCCAAGAAGACUUCCUCCACCACCCCCGCAACGCUGGUCCUGUGGCCCCGCACCACCUCCACAGCGUCGGCCCCCGUGCACACGCUGGUGGGGGGUCUGCUCCCUGAGGAGGAGCACAGCAGGGGGCCACCUUCCUCCAAGCUACCCAACAUCAGGGUGGAGUACUGCAACCCCCUGGUGAUGAUGGACGUCUCCUGGCCCAGAACCAAGCAGGGCACGGGGGUCAAGAUGCCCUGCCCCCCAGGAACAUUAGGCGUGGCCUCCUACAUGUGCGUGGGUCCAGAGGGAUACUGGGACCCCCAGGGGCCCGACUUCAGCAACUGCACCUCCCCCUGGGUCAACCUCAUCAGCCAGAAGCUCAAAGCCGGAGAGACGGCUGCAGUCAUCGCCCGGGAGUUAGCAGAGCAAACGAAGCGUAAUCUCCAGGCGGGAGACAUCACGUUCACCGUGAAGGCCAUGGUGCAGCUGGUGGACCUGCUCGACGUGCAGCUCAGGAACCUGACGCCCGGUGGCAAAGACAGCGCUGCACGGAGCCUCAACAAGCUGCAGAAAAGAGAGCGCUCUUGCCGCUUUUAUGUUCAGGCCAUGGUGGAGACCGUCAACAAUCUGCUGCAGCCGCAGGCGCAGGCGGCGUGGAGACAGCUGAGCACCGCGGAGCAGCUGAGGGCCGCCACCACGCUGCUGGACACGGUGGAGCAGGGCGCCUUCAUCCUCGCCGACAACCUGCUGAAGACCGACAUCGUGCAGGAGAACACCGAGAACAUCCAGCUGGAGGUGGCGAGGAUGAGCACUGAUGGGAACUUACCCGAUCUGAAGUUCCCACAGACCGGAGGACAGGGCAACUCCAUCCACCUGUCGGCUAACACGCUCAAGCAGCACGGGAGAAACGGUGAGAUCCGGAUUGCGUUUGUCCUGUACAAACACAUCGGGCUCUACCUCUCAACGGAAAACGCCAGCAUGAAGCUGGGCAGCGAGGCGAUGGCGACCAAUUACUCGGUCAUCGUUAACUCCCCGGUCGUCACGGCGGCCAUCAACAAGGACUCCAACAAAGUGUACCUCUCCGACCCGGUCAUCUUCACCAUCAGACAUCUGCAGCAGUCUGAGGAGAACUUCAACCCCAACUGUUCGUUCUGGAGUUACUCCAAGAGGACCAUGACGGGUUUCUGGUCCACGCAGGACUGCCGCCUGCUCGGCACCAACCGCACACACACCACCUGCUCCUGCACACACCUCACCAACUUCGCCGUGCUCAUGGCCCACGUGGACGUCAAGAACACAGACCCGGUCCAUGACAUGCUCCUGGACGUGAUCACCUGGGUGGGCAUCCUCCUGUCUCUGGUCUGCCUCCUCAUCAGCCUCUUCACCUUCUGCUUCUUCCGCGGCCUGCAGAGCGACCGUAACACCAUCCACAAGAACCUGUGCAUCAGCCUGUUCAUCGCAGAGUCUCUGUUCCUGGUGGGCAUCAACCGCGGGGACCAGCCGAUUGCCUGUGCGGUCUUCGCCGCCCUGCUGCACUUCUUCUUCCUGGCGGCAUUCACGUGGAUGUUCCUGGAGGGCGUGCAGCUCUACAUCAUGCUGGUGGAGGUGUUUGAGAGCGAGCACUCACGCAAGCGCUACUUCUACCUGGUGGGCUACGGGGUCCCCGCGCUAAUUGUGGCCGUUUCCGCUGCAGUGGACUAUCGCAGCUACGGGACCGACCGAAUAUGCUGGCUGCGCCUGGACACCUACUUCAUUUGGAGUUUCAUAGGACCGGCAACCUUGAUAAUUAUGCUGAACGUGAUCUUCCUCGGCAUCGCCCUCUACAAGAUGUUCCAUCACACGGCCAUCUUGAAACCAGACUCUGGUUGCCUGGACAACAUCAAGUCCUGGGUGAUCGGAGCCAUCGCCCUGCUCUGCCUGCUGGGCCUCACCUGGGCGUUCGGCCUGAUGUACGUCAACGAGAGCACCGUGGUCAUGGCCUACCUGUUCACCAUCUUCAACUCCCUGCAGGGCAUGUUCAUCUUCAUCUUCCACUGCGUGCUGCAGAAGAAGGUGCGUAAGGAGUAUGGGAAAUGUCUGCGCACUCACUGCUGCAGCGGGAAAAGUGUGGACAGCUCCAUUGGCUCCGUGAAGGGAACGGCUUCUCGGGUCCCGGGACGUUACUCUACAGGCUCACAGAGCCGGAUCCGUCGGAUGUGGAACGACACAGUCAGAAAACAGUCUGAGUCCUCCUUCAUGACCGGAGACAUCAACAGCUCUGCUUCUCUCAACAGAGGGGCUAACCAUCUUAUACCUAAUGCACUCCUCCGUCCUCAUGGCACUAACAAUCCCUAUAACACAUUGCUUGGGGAAUCGGCAGUCUAUAACAACCCUCUGGGCAUGUACAACACACAAGAGCCCUACAGAGAGACAAAGGGAAUCCUGAACAAUGCCCGGGAUUCAAGUGUCAUGGAUACUCUACCACUGAAUGGUAACCACGGCAACAGUUACAGCAUCGCCAGUGCCGAGUACAUGAGCGAUUGCGUACAGAUCCUGGAGCGGGGGUACAACCACAAGGAGACCACCCUGGAGCAGAAGAUCCUCAAAGAGCUCACGUCCAACUACAUCCCCUCCUACCUCAACAACGCCGAGCACAACCGCAACCUCAUGAACAAACUGGUCAACAACGUGAGCAACGGGGGCAAAGACGGGGGCUACGGCAUGGGUCUGGGGGUGGGGGGGAUGAUGGGGAUGGGGCUGAGCCUGGAUGACCACUCCACCUUCGGGCCGCACCACGACGAGGGCCUGGGUCUGGAGCUGAUCCGAGAGGAGUCCAACGCCCCGCUGCUGCCUCAGAGACCCCCCCCAUCUCUGGACCAACUUAACAACCACCUCCACCAGUCGGCGCCACCCCCCCUCCCGCUGCCCCACCACCCCUUCUCCUCCGCCAACACCUCCUCGUCCUCCUCAUCCCGGCGGAGGAUCCCGCAGGAGAACAGCGAGAGCUUCUUCCCGUUACUCACCAACGAGCACACGGAGGAGGAGGGCUCCCCCCCCCCCCACCCACACCCCCAGAGAGACUCCCUGUACACCAGCAUGCCCCUGCUGCCCGGCCUGCCCCACGUGUCCUCAGACUCAGCCGAGGGGGGGGGCGCCAAGAGCCCGGAGGCCGGCUCGGACGACGUUUACUACAAGAGCAUGCCCAACCUGGGCUCCAGGAACCACCUGCACCAGCUGAGCUCCUACUACCAGCUGGGGAGGGGCAGUAGCGACGGCUUCAUCGUGCCCCCCAACAAAGAGGAUCUGACUCCAGAGGAGGCCCAACCGGAGGCCUCGCACCUCGUCACCAGCCUAUAGGUCCCUCCCGCUCGUCUUUACGCAGCCCCCUCCUCCUCCUCCUCCUCCACCUGUUGUUGGCAGUGGUAGCCUUUCUUUUAUUCUGUGACCCCCCCCCUGCAGAUAACUCCUGCUAAGACUGACCACGGACAGGAUAAUAAUGCUCAACACGGGGGUUAAACUUUGCGGGAAUCUGUUGAUGUUGUGCCCCCCCCCCCCCCUCGUGUUGUGUCUCAGUGUGCAGAGACUCACUCACACGGGAUGUUUAGAGAUACAGCAUGACUGAAACCCCCCCUCCCCGAACAUCCAGUCAGAACGGGAAUUUAAAAAAAGGACUAUUUUAUUAUACUUCUGUAUCCAUAUUGACUUUUUGAAAGAUUUUCUUCCUCUUUGGUGAGUUGCAGCACAUUUUGUUUGCUGGAGUGUCCCUUCAACGAAAAAAAAGACAAAAAAAAUGGAACAAUAACUACGAAGAAAUUAUUGAUCGUAUGCUUUGAAGCUGUUUUCUUUCAUUUUACUGUAAUAAACGGAGGGAGAAAAAAACUAAUGAGAGAAUUAUGAGAUAUUUCUAUGUAAUUGUACAGAUAACUAGCAUUGCACACAAUAGUAUGCUUUUUUUGUUCCGAGCAAACCUUUGUCUCUGUAAAUGUAGUGAUUAGGAGCGGUUCUGUUCUCUGGGUUUCUGGUACCAGUCUGUUUUUGUUUUCCUCUUUUAUCCCUCUGCGAGAAACGACUAAAUAGAAGCAAAAUAACAUCAUAACAAAACACUUAUUGUGCAGGCAUCACCGUGCGACAUAUUCAUCCUUGUUUCGGGUUUCUGUUUCUUUCUUUUCCUUUCUUACUGUAGAUAUCAGAUGAUGGCAGAGUUAAAGACAGUGUCCUGCAGAAAAACACUCAGACAGAAACAAAAUGAUGAGCACCAGGCACUUGUACAAAAAAGAAAUAUGGAUGGUUUACUUAUUAAAGAAAGAACUUUUGGAGUGAGACAAACUGGAAGUGUUUUUGUUCUUCUUCCUCGUGGAGAAAAUAUAUUUAUUUAUUUGUCGAAAUAAAAAGAAGAUGGACCUACGUUAAGCGGCACAGAUCUGGUUUGUUAUUGGCUUCUUAUUUAUUCCGUUUUGUAAUGGUUUCCACGGUGAAUUAACUAAUAUUUGUUGUAACAGUGUAACUUGUUUGCCAACAAAUAAAUGACCGACAAAGAUUUAUUACUUAGCUACGACAGACGUUCUGGUGUUGUGUCUGGGUCUAAAGGGUGGAACCAUUUAUGAAUUAUUUGAUCUGAUUUUCAGUUCAUUUCCCUCGUUAGUUUUAGUGCCAAAGGACGUUUUGGCCCAGCCGCAGUGGAUGUGCUCUGUAUGCUCUGCUUUACAAUAGAAGCAGUGGUUUCAUAAGCUGUAAUAAAUAUUUCAAUAUCA